AUGCAUGCCAGUUAUGUCCACCAGACAAACAAGUACAGUGGUGCAAGUCUGGAUCAUGAACUGAAAGAAUCCACUGAGCAGAAGUUUAGCCCUUGGCGUGUCUAUGAAAGAGAUGGAGAACAACUCAUAGCGUAUCACCGGAGCAAAGAGGUAGCGGCGAUGGUUGUCGGUGUUGAUGUUCGACAAUGGAGUUUUUACUCCAGAUCUGAUAUCGGUAGGGGUUAA